GCUUAUACUUUAAGCAACGUAAAUGAAUAAUGAAGUAGUAACACUCUGGCAAUGUAGCCGAAAUCAAAAUUGUCGUCCAAUCUCUAUAGCAACACCCAUGUGAAAAUCAUUACCAUCAUCAUCAUGGAUUUGGAUAGUUGAAUAUGGGAAAUGAGAUGGGCAACAAUAACUCAUCUGGCUUGCAAGAAGAAAAUAACAAUAAUUCUGAAAGUCAGGAGAAGUCUAUGAAUGAACCUGUUGAUGCGAAUGAUUUAAAAGGAGAAAAUUACGUGGUUCCGACGAUUGAACCUAAGGAUUACCAUCAGAAAGAAACUGGGUUAUCCUCUGAUGAUCAAAGGGCAGGAGGUGAUAAUCCUGAAGUUCAUUCUUUUGUUGAAUCUCCAAAAUCUGAAAACAAUUUUGAUGAACAAGAUGGGAAAGAAAGUGAAAUUCAACCUGCAGAUUCAUUGGAAAAGGAACUAGAAGAUCAUGCGAAGCAAAUAAUGUCGGAUUUGGAAGAAAACGUUGUGGAUAUGAACAAUAGUCUGAUUGAUGAGCAGUCUUUCUUCAAUACAGAUUCUGCUGCAAUAUCCUCAGCAAAUGAUCCAGAAUCAAACGAUUUCAUGGAGCAAAUUUCCGACCAACCUGAAUUGAUGAAAGUUAGUUCUGACGGGUUAGAACAAGGUAGCAUAAAUUCACGGAAAACUGAAGACAUGGCAGGAUCGAGUAUUGAAUGCAAUGGCGAAGAAAAUGGCGACCUGUUAGAUACUUACACAUCUGAUAGGCUCGAAGCAACUGUUGUUUCUCGCGCUAAUUCAGACGUGGGAGAGGACAGGGAUGAGGUUUUACUGAAAGAACUGGCAUCUCAAGAUAGAUUUGAAGUUGAAGUUGAUGUUGCGAAUGAGAAAAAUUUGAGCCAAACAACAACUGCAUCAUCAGAUCAUUCAGCAGAUGUCAAUAUUGAAGAUAAAGCAAGUAAAGUGAAUGGAACAGAACUAAUAAUUUCUGUACCUGAAGACAGGUUCACUGUUCUUACUCAAGAAUUUGAGCUGUCAGACAAAGGAUCAACUUGUGCAGACAGCAUGCAUGAUGACUAUCAGUUGGUCAGAGAACCAGAGUUCGAAAAGGAAAAUGCAUCGCAACCCCAGUCUUCGCAUCUCAAUCCUUUCAUCACUCAUGUUGUUGCUAGCGACGAGAAGUGCCAGGAUGAUAAGGAGAUAAAGGUUCUUGAGGAUUCUGACAAUCAGAAUGGAGUUUCUAAGGAAUGCUGCGAGAACUCUGAAAGAAAUGUUCUUAAAGUUAUAAAGAUUGUUAAGAAUUCUGACAACCAGAAUAGAGUUUCUAUAAAAUGCUGUGAGAAUUUUGCAAUAAAUGAUAAUAAGAAUGAUGAGAGAAUAAAGGUUGUUGCGGAUUCUUACGAUCAGAAUAUAGUUUCUGAGAUAUGCUGCGAGAAAUCUGAAAGAAAUGUUCUUAAGGUUGAUGAGGAGAUAAAGGUUGUUGAGGAUUACGUCAAGCAGAAUGGAGUUUCUGAGGAAUGCUGCGAGAACUCUGCGAUAAAUGUUAAUAAGGUUGAUGAGGAGAUAAAGGUUGUUGAGAAUUGCGUCAAUCAGAAUGGAGUUUCUGAGAAAUACUGCGAGAAAUCUGAAAGAAAUGUUCUUAAGGUUGAUGAGGAGAUAAAGGUUGUUGAGGAUUCUAACAAACAGAAUAGAGUUUCUGAGGAAUGCUCCGAGAAAUCUGAAAGAAAUGUUUUAAAGGUUGAUGAGGAAAUAAAGGUCGUUGAGAAUUCUGACAAUCAUAAUGGAGUUUCUGAAGAAUGCUACCAGAAAUCUGAAAGAGAUGUUCUUAAGGUCGAUGAGGAGUUAAAGGUUCUUGAGGAUUCUAACAAUCAAAAUACGGUUUUUGAAGAAUGUUGCGAUAAAUCUGAAAGAAAUGCUAUUCAGGAUGAUGAGCUUGAAAUGUUGGAAGCCAUUUCUUCAACUGUCGAUGAAAAAAACAGUGAAGGCAGAUUGGAAUGUUGCAAACUCGAUGCAUGUGUUGCUCCUGAUGAAGCCAUCAACGGAAAUAGUCAAGUCGAGGAGGCUGAGGCUGUUGAGCAAUCUGAUAACCGUUAUGAGGCCUCUGAAGAAAUGAUUCUGAUGAAGGAUCCAGAAUUCAGAGCUCUUCCAGCAGAAUUAAUCGUCAGAAACGUUAUAAAUGGGGAAGAGAUAUCCAAAGGGAAUCCUCAAGAAUUGUGCAGCAGUGACAUCUUUACUGCAACAGAUUUUAGUUUCCAUGCCAUAGAGACUGCAAUCUCUAACGUUGAGUCGGCAAUGGAGAAACCUGAAGCUCCGGUGGCGACAGAGAUGGUGACAGAAACUAACCUGUCAGCUUCAGCACAUAAUUCCAGUGAACAACAUCAAAAGUUCGAUAUGCCAAUCUUUGAAAGUGAUGGUUUUCAAGCACAAGAAACUGCAGUGAGUCACCACACCGAACCGGUUCCUGAAAAGAAAUUUCAAGCGGAGGUGACAGAAGCUAAUUCAUCAGAAUCCACAGUACAAAUCAGUGACCGGUGUGAAAAAGUCGAAACACCUGUCUUAAUAGACGGUGGUUUUGAGCCACAAGAAGUUUCGGGAAGAUUCAGAACCGAAUCAAAUCCUGACAAUUUGAUUGCUAAUGCAGAGAUUCGAAAAUCUCAGAGCUUUGAUUUCGAUCUCCGAUUCGCAACAAACAGAACCGAAGAAUUCGAAAAGACUCCACUGCUUUUCCAGGAUAAAAAUACAAUCGAAGAGAAAGUGAUUCCGGCAGAAAAAACGGAUUCCAACCGAUCAAAAUUAGAUAAGAAGAAGGAAAUCACGGCACCGCCAUCGAAAAGUAAAGAGAAGCAGAAGCGUAGAUCUUCUCUUUUCGCCAAUUGCAUGUGCUGUACGACUGUGAUUAACUAGAUAAACCGCCUCAAGAAAUUACAUUGGUUGGUUUCCAUUUUUAUUUUAAGUUUUUUCAAAAAUUGGAGAUUUGAUCAACAGAUUGAGAGACUGCGGAUUGGUAUUUAUUUGUAGUCAGGAAGAGUAAGUUUGUAUAACUUAUGCAGUUGUGAUUGAUUUGAUUUUGGGUUUUUUGUAAGUUUUUAUCAUAUUUUCUUAACAAAGAUGCAAUUUGUUCUUUUGUUUGUUGAAGAAAAAUUGGAUUGAAUUAAUUUGGUCUAUCAA